AUGCCUCGAUUAAAGGCUAUAACGACAGGAUCGGUUCCGUCGUUCCUAGACGUAAUCCUGAACAUUGCCGAAUCCGAUACAACCUCUACUCUCGCCUACCAAGACACGUGGCUCGCUCAGCUAAAAGCACGAGAUGAUAAACUUGUUAUGUAUGGUGAUGAUACUUGGCUCAAGCUCUUUCCUGGCAUGUUUGAUAGGGCCGACGGGACCACAAGUUUCUUUGUGUCUGACUUCACUGAAGUUGACAACAAUGUGACACGCCAUAUUCCCGAGGAGCUUCAACAUAGUGACUGGUCCGCGCUCAUUAUGCAUUACCUAGGACUGGAUCAUAUUGGACAUAAGGCAGGUCCGAAAAGUCCAUACAUGAUGUCAAAGCAACAGGAGAUGGAUUCCAUCGUCUCCCAAGUAUAUUCGGCCAUAGAGCAAGAAGAGCAUCUCCAGUCAACGCUUUUCGUUUUGUGCGGGGAUCACGGCAUGAAUGACGCCGGUAACCAUGGUGGUUCAUCCACUGGUGAAACUUCAGCAGCCUUGCUUUUCGUGUCUCCAAAAUUCAAAGCUAGGGGAGUCCAAAAAGAGAGCCCCGUAGAAGCGUUUAACGAACUUCAAUACUAUCGUACCAUCGAGCAGACGGACAUUACACCGACUUUGGCUGGGCUCCUUGGAUUGCCUAUUCCAUUGAAUAGUCUGGGGGUUUUUAUACCAGAAUUUCUGGUAAUGUGGGACCAUGGGUUCGAAAGGGUCCAUAUUCUGUUGGAAAAUGCCAAGCAAUUACUGAGGACAAUAAAGGCGACUUUUCCAAGUUACACUUUUGAGUCUAGUGCGAUACGGUCUACUUGCGAAUCCGGACCUUCUACGGAUAUGGAAGAAGCUCAAUGCGCUUGGUCCCAAGUCCACGAACUGCUACACGAAUCCCAUACGGAUGAAAUACCCUCUUUAAUCCAAGCAGCUCUCUUGCGCUUCUUGAGGAUCUCCCAAAGUGUGAUGAGCAGCACCGCCGGAAAUUACGAUCUCCAGAGACUCUAUCUAGGGAUUUUCGCCGCAGGCGUUGCUGCUCUACUUUCUUUCCCUGCGACAUACAGAUUGUUAGCGAGUUCCCAUUAUUCAGGGUCAUUCCUCUUGUUCAGCAUCUUCGGCUAUAGCGCUAUGAUGUUCGCUAGUAGCUACGUGGAGGAAGAGCAACAGUUCUGGUACUGGAUCUUCACUGGAUGGAUAUUUUACCUACACAUCAAGUCCAACGGAUAUCAAGGUAAAUGUCUCACCUCUGACCAUAUGCUCAAAGAAGACCGCCAAUUGCUUUCUUUAUUUUCCGCAGCAGGAACAAUCGGGCUUGGAAUCACCUAUCGAAUUCUAAGACGAUGGAAUCAAACGGGCCAGAAGCUUGCGGCUGAACCGGACAUUGCCCGGACUUUCUUCUCUGCUCAUCAGGAUACCCUCUGGUUCCUAGUUAUUUUAACAUAUGCCAACACCUACAAGCAUCUACUUAUCAGCUCGCCUUCCCCAUUGGUCUGGCGUCUGGUCAGUCUUUUUGCGACGUUAGUCGCGUUUAUCUUCAAACUUACGUUUGUGGCAUCCGACUCCCCUGAACUCCUCGGUGAAUCUUUCCUAGGUCCCUUGGCAGAUACAGUCGGUCAUGUAUCGCUGGUGCUACAGGCGAGGGUCGUUUUCUGUGGAGUUGCCUUGAUGGUUCUAUAUGCAAUGGUCACUAGGAGUGGCAUAUUACGGGUUUCCGAUAAACAUAAAGGCAAGUCAUAA